AGUAGUUCUGUACUUGUUACAGUGGUGGUAACAUCAUUGAGGUAUUGUUAAGACUGGACUACAUGCGCAUUAAUGCAAUGGCACUUAUUAAUCACCUAACAAUUUGCUUCAUUGUUCUACCAUUGGUUGUGUUUCUGCCUGUCGAGAGUGUUCGUCAAGUUCAAUCGAGACGAGUUUGUUUGCUGGAAGUUUUGGAGAAUGGUUACUACGUUGGCUCCCUUGGUGAAGAGGUAGUGCGCCAUGUCAAAGCUGGGACGGCUGUAGAAGCAAGAUGCAAUGCUGGCUAUUUUCUACGUGGCGACACCCACCGAACAUGUGUCUACCGAACACGGCGGUUCAGGGAAGAUGCGCCAUCGUGUCAAGAUGUUAAUGAGUGUGAAUACAUGUACAUCCAUCCGGUAACCGUUGAGUAUAGUGACUCUUGGACGGAGUCAAUUAGUGGAGCUUCACUUAGUGAGGCGACAUGGGAUUUUGACAUCCCUGUUAUACAAUGUCAUGACAUGGCACAUUGCAAAAACACACCUGGAUCUUAUGAGUGUGAAUGUGAUAGAGGUUAUGAAGGAGAUGGAGUCAAUUCAUGUGAACAAAUUAUUGAAAAGCAAUGCGAACAACUCGAGCCACCACAGCACGGUUCUAUGACGGGUAGUCUAAAGUUCGUUCAAUUUGAAUGUGAGAAGGGUUAUCGUAUCUCUGGAGCCAGGUCUCGACGAUGUGUGAACGGAGUAUGGAAUGGUUUACACCCUAUUUGCGAAGUGAUUGGAUGUGGCCAACCAAGGGUACCGACCAAUGGCUACAUUGAAGGGAGUACAUUUGAUGUGGGUAACUGGGUAAAAUUCCGUUGUAACAAAGGAUAUGAACUUGCUGGAACUGAAAAGCUAUAUUGUCGACCUGGGGAUGGGUACACGUACAAGGACUAUUGGAGUGGAGCGCAACCUUCCUGCAGACGUUACGAGAAAAACCCGGAGUCCAUCGCCGGUAAAAUCAAGACGGAUUUUAUUGACCACUUGGAGGUUUUUACCGUGUCCGGACGAGGCCGGUUGGCUGCUUCUGGUAACGUUGGGCUGGAGCUGGUAUUGGCAUUUGAUAAAUCGUCAAGCUUGAAUCACGUCAAUUUCGAAAGAGGAAUUAACUUCACCAUCAGUCUUGUAAGGCAAUUUGGGGUGUCAAAUAAAACAGGAGGAACACGAGUUGCUGCCAUAUCGUUUGCAACCACUGCUGUCACUGAGUUUACCUAUGGGUCUGAUACGGACACGCUAGAAGAGGUCAUAAAACAUAUAAAAGUUCUUAAGGGUAACCGAGGUGGAGGAACAGCCCUCGGUGAUGCCUUUUUAAAAGUGUUUGAGUUGGUACCUGACAUGCGUAAUGGCUCUAAAAAGGCGCUGUUCAUACUGACGGACGGUGUGGUUACCAUUGGAGAUGAUCCAUCGGCGCUAGCACAGAGUUUAAGGAUAGAUAAAGGAUUUGAAAUCUUUGUGGUGGCCAUAGGUGAAGGUAUCGACCAAAGGCAACUUCGUAAGAUUGCUUCACAACCCUACUCAACACAUAUCUUUCUGCUCAACAAUUUUGAGGAUCUCGCUUCACUUACUGAGAUCAUUUCAGAAAAGGGCCAAGAGUAUAGACGGUGUGGUCAGGCUGGAAACUUGGAAAUACCUCAACUUAGUGCUGACCGAGACAAAGACAGUAACGCCAAUCCUAACGCCUGGCCAUGGCUAGCGCAGAUUAUACAGCUCGAUGAUUCGGGACCAAUCCUCAAGUGUGGUGGGGCGGUUCUUUGUGAAGAGUGGAUCGUUACAGCAGGAAGCUGUGUGUUCGAUUUCGAUACCCAUACCAUUGCUCCAGAAAAGCUACGAGUUCGUCUGGGUGCCUAUGAACUCGGAGUGAAGACAGAAACUCAAAGAGACUUUGACGUGAAAGAGGUGUUCCUUUUCGAUAACUACGAUCCAUAUAAUCUAUUCGGUGACAUAGCUGUUUUAAAACUCAACCAGACGGUGAACCUUACGAGCUCUAUCCGAACACUGUGUCUACCAUUAGGUAGAGAACGUCUGUGGCCAAAGUCUAAUUCCUUGUGUUAUAUCGCCGGUUGGGGGAUCAUUGACCCUUUAAAGGACCAGCCUAGGAAUGACAGCAUGCCCUCAAUAUACCCGAAGCAACUUGAAAUACAACUUGUCAAUGAUGACGUGUGUAAGAGAACGAUGGCACAGUUACACCCUUUCGAUAAACGAAAAAUGUGUGCUGGAUAUAAACUUUAUACUGAAGAUGAAUCUUGUCAAGGUGAUACUGGAUCGCCACUUGUAUGCAAGCAGAUAGAUGGAUCGUGGGGUAUGGCAGGGAUAGUUUCAUACAGUAAGGAGUGUAUGGAAUAUAAUAAGUAUAGCGUCUUUACACGCGUUGGUGAGUAUUCUACUUGGAUCCACGAACUGACGGGCAACUGUACAUCCAAUUACCUAGCAGACUUAACUGUUGGUGGAUUCACUUAGAAACAUACGAAAUGUUAUAAUACUACAGUCGACAAGAUUAUGCCUAGAAUGCUGUAGGCUGUGUACUCGAACGAUCAGAACUUUCUAGAACCUCAACCUCGUACGCAACCCACCCCAGGAAUAAAAGACCUACUCUCUAAAUGUUAAAGAGUAAAAAAACACCACUCUUUACAUUUCGAGUUGUCCCUCAAAUGGCUCUUUAUAAAGAGUGGUGGUUAUUUCACUC